AUGGCUGUGUUAGCCUCAGAUAAUACUGCCGACACUUCGCUAGGGCAUGUAGCAUUCAUUGCGCUCAUCCUUGGAGCUACGGCAUGGACGCUGUGGAGCGUCGUCUACAACCUAUUCUUCCACCCACUCUCGCGCUUUCCAGGACCCAUUCUUGCUCGAAUAUCACCGGUGCCGUAUGCCAUUGCGCUGCUCCGUGGACGCAUUCCGUUCUGGGUGAAGGCAUGCCACGACAAAUAUGGCUCAGUGGUCCGUGUCUCGCCCAACGAGCUCUCUUUCGACAAUGAAGCUGCAUGGAAAGAUAUUUACGGAAGCCGACCUGGCCACAAGAAUUUCCACAAGGACCCCAUACAUGUGGGAAGUAUCCAAUCGGUGCCUGGUGUAUCCACGAUUACCAUGGCCAACGACGCGGACCACGCGCGGCAGCGUAGGGCGCUUUCGCAUGCAUUCUCCACCAAGGCUUUGUUGGAGCAGGAGUACAUUGUAAAGUCGUACAUCGACGUGUUCUCGCUGAAGAUGAGGGAGUUUGCCAAGCUCGGAAAGCGUAUGAACGUCGUUAAUUGGUUCGCAUACACAACGUUCGAUAUUAUCGGAGACAUGGCUUUAGGAGAGCCAUUUGGUUGCUUGACAAGCGAGGACUUCCACUUCUGGGUACCGCUCAUCAGUUCAUCCAUUAAGGCGGGCGCCUUUGAACAGGCUACGAGACGAAUCGCCGAAGCGGACGGCUACUUGCAAAGACAGCUGUUGAAGUUGAUACCUGGGCGCAUCCGAACUACUAGGAUGCAGCAUCUAGAGUAUAGCAGGGAAAAGAUCUUGAAACGCAUGGCUCAGUCUGGGUCAGACCACAAAGACUUUCUCUACUACUUGCUCAAGCAACAGGAAAGUGGGUUUAUCAACGAGAAUGAGGUUAUUGUCAAUGGCGCACUCUUUAUGUAA